AUGAGACCUUUAGUGGUGCAGAAUAACAAGGGCAAUGUGAAACAAAUGGGGCCUAUAGAAAUACAGAGUCCUGAGAAAAAUGUGAAACAAAUGGGACCUUUAGUGGUGCAGAAUAACAAGGGCAAUGUGAAACAAUUUGGGCCUAUAGAAAUACAGAGCCCUGAGCAAAAUGUGAAACAAAUAGGACCUUUAAUGAUGCAGAAUAACGAGGGCAAUGUCAAACAAAUGGGACCUUUAGAGAUACAGAAUCAUGAGCAAAAUGUGAAACAAUUAGGAUUUGAAGAGGAACAGGAUCAAGAGCCAAGUGUGAAACGAAACGGACCUUUAGAAGUACAUGAUAUUGAGAAAAAUGUGUAUUCAGAUAGUUGUGUAACUGAAUUACUUGGGAAAAAAAAUGAGAAUCAAGGAGUGCAACAAGACAUUGGAAAGUAUGAGCCUCCAAGUAAAAAAAAUAAAACAAAGUCAUCUGAUGAAUUGCAUGUAGAUCACUUGAAUAUUCCUUUUGAAAACUUCGAACUUCUUGAAAAAAUAGGCGGAGGCGGAUUUGGAGAGGUGCACCGAGGCAAUAACCUUGGUACAAAUAUUGCUGUUAAAAAAUUGAAACUAAAGCGAAUGAAAUUAGUAAAACAAUCAGUACUAAGGGAAGUUGAAAUUAAUAGCCAUAUUCGGCAUCCGAAUAUUGUUUUGCUUAUGGGAUAUUCCAUAAACGCUGAUCACCUAUACAUCCUCACCGAACUGAUACAGGGUCCUUACCUAGAUGACCUUUUGUUUGGAGAAGAAGGACAUACUCUUCAAAUGAGUCAGAAACAUCUUAUUUCUCAACAAGUUACGCAAGGAAUUGCCUACCUCCAUAACAGAAAUCCGGUAAUAGUUCAUAGAGAUAUUAAACCAGAAAAUAUAUUGUUAUCACCAAACUUUGACACUGCUAAAGUGUGCGACUUAGGUUUAUCUAAAUUAAAAACUAUGAACACAAUGCAUUCAACAAUUUUUUCAAAAGAAUAUGAUGCAACCAGGUACUCCGGCGUACCAGGCCCAGGAAAUUCUCGUAGAUCUGUUGUCUGCUAA